ACUGAGAAUUCAUAUUCAUCGUUGUGACUACCACUACUGCUCUCUGCUGGUGAGGAGGUCAACAGCACUCGCAAAAGCUGAUAGACUGGCCAAGUUCAAAAAGUAGAGUGUUUUUUGAAUUUAGGGUCCAUAAAGAUUUGUCAAUCUCUUGAUUCGUCGUUUGAAAACAGGUGGAUAAAGAUGCCUUGGAAGAAAGGAAGGAAAAGAACGACAGUCAAGGACAAGACGAUCAUCCCUGCAGCAGAAGUUUCCCCUCCUCUUCAAGAGGGGACUACUACUGGGGAACAAGUGGUGUCUACAACAGAAGAACAAAGUUUGGAGGUUCAAGAUGACCUACUUGGUCAUAUUGUCCCAGACCCUAGAAACAUUCCCGAUAUUCCGCCUUACACACUAAAGUUGCCCAUACUUCCGUUGGAAAAAUUUAAUGGAAAACACGUCGAUAUUGAUGAGCUUCAAGGCGAGUUGGAGAACAUGUUGGUGGCUGUGGUUAAACGGAAGGCGUUAUUGAUGGCAAUGAAUGGAUAUACACCCCCACCACCACCAGAAAUUACUACUUUAACUACUCCAGGUCCUAGUACUCGUAGCAGUGCAAGAGGACGACGGGGUAUUUCAGUGGUCUCUGUGCCCACAAUGGAAACUUCGGAAGGAAGAUCGCUAAUCCGUGCAGCUUUGGUGAUGAAAGUGGAACCUCCUGAUAUUGAAGAAGAAGAAGAACCCACCGAAAAAGAAAUGGAGAAUGAUAGGGUCAAGGACUCUUUUAAUGAGCUUGCGGAUCAACAUGUUGCCGAAAUUACGCCAAGUAUGAUGGAAUUCCUACAGAACCUUUGGCAAGAUGGACAGUACGAUAACCUAUUGGCAAGUAAUCCGAAGAAAAUUGAACCUACAUCAGCUGGAGCUUGUUCACGAUCACAUCAAAAUAACGUCAAGACAGAUCAAGAUAUGAAGAUACGUGUCGACAUCAGUGAGCUACUAAACACCGGCAUUGAAUUUAUGAUUGGUUACGCUGCUCAAUCAGAUGCUAAUUGUAAAAAUAAAAUUGCUAAUCUUGCUUCAGUAGAUGCGACAAGUUGCAAUCCUCCUCUUGAAGAACCUUCAUCCUCACCAGCAACUUCUUUACCCAAACCGACGACCAAAUCAAUUUCCGACCUUAAAACUAACAAAAAACUUUUGAAGAAGUAUUUCAAAAAGUCUGACAAGGACCUGACAUCUGAGGAAUGUAACCAAUUGGUGUCCGAGUACAACAGCUUAUGCUGUGACAAUGCUAAACAGUUAUGCCACUUACUGGAUAUAGGAAAGACAUGUCAGAAGUAUUACGAAGUGAAGAAGCGCGUGGACCAGAUCUGCGAUGGGAUGAUCAACGUCCAAAAAGGAAUGACUGAAAUUAAAAGGUCAAUCAGACUGGAUGGUGACCCAGAUGGAGACAAAGGGCAAACUCUUCAAGCCUUGCGAAAAGAAGCAAUGGAUUUACUCGAAGCUAAAAGUGCAGUGAUGCCACAGUUUGAAAAGUUGGAGUCCAUGCUAUUCGGAACACCUUUUUGAAGUUGUGGUUACCUACAAUAUACAUUAGUAACAUGUUUUAUAUUCAGAUUAUUAUACAUUAAUUUAUAUAGGCCAACAAACAACUGUAUACAUAUAAUUUUCAAGACGAGUAGAUUUCCUCCUAAUUAGUCCUAAUCUGUAAACGUAGUUAUUGGUAAAUAUGCUUACGAUUAGCCGAUUAGUAUUAAAAAGUUGUGUUGUAAUUUGAUUGUUAUAUAUUACAUGUCAUUGAUCUCAUGUUACAUGUUCAUAUUGAUAUUAAAAGUUGUGAAUAAAGUAUGAAAUUGGUUUGGUUGGAUUAAUAAAAAGUGUGCCUUAACUUCU